UGCCGCAUCAAAUCACAUCUCGUUCGAAGCUCCAACAAAACACUGAAAAGGUGCGUCGAAGAGAAGGGUAAUUGGAUGGAGUUCUGAGCUGUGAAGGAAGGAAAGGUGGCGAAGAUGUUGGAGGGAGCGGUCGCCAGGGUCCUGAACCAGGUGCUGGGGAAGUACGUGGUGGAUCUGGACACGGAGAACCUCAAUGUAGGCAUCUUCUCCGGGCAAGUGCAUCUUAACGAUCUGAAGCUGAAAUCUGAAGCUCUGUAUGAGUUAAAUUUGCCAAUUCAAGUAAUUGCUGGAACGAUUGGUAAAGUAUGGCUGGAAAUACCGUGGGCAAAGCUCUGGUCAAAACCAGUGGUGGUAAAAAUAGAGGAUGUUCAUAUCCUUGUUGGACCUGUCGUCAACAACGAACCCUACGAUGCGGAGAAGAACAAACGACUCCAAAGGGCUUUCAAGAAAAAGGCUCUUGCAGAUCUAACGGCCGAAUCCGAGCUCAUCGGAGGUCCCAACAUGUUCUCCGAGUAUCUGAUCACGAACAUCAUCAACAACCUUGAGCUGACCAUCACGAAUGUCCACCUCCGAUACAGGGACGUCGUGAACGGCCCAGAAACUUGGGUGCUCGGUCUUUGCAUCGGGAAUAUCGUUGCAGAAACAACAAAUAGCAAAUGGAAGGCAAACAAGAAGACAACUGCGAGCGAUGAAUUAUCUUAUUAUAUGGUGAAGGUUGACGGUUUGGCUGUGUAUUGUAACCAGGAAAAAGAUCCGAUUCAAUGGGAUUUUCCGUCGCAAUAUUACGUUUGGCGUAACGCUAUGUCUUCGAGUAUUCAAACAUAUUCAAUGAACGGAGAACCUUUUGAAUUCAUCCUGAAACCGACAACGUCCAAAAUCAAAAUGACAAUAAACCGGACGUCCGAAGGAAAGAUCAGCAAGCUCUUCAGCGACGUCAUAAUUCACGAUCUCUACUUCCAGUUCUCCAAGGAACAGUACAAUUACAUGACCAAAUUGCUGGAUUCCUUGAGGAGGAUGUUCAUCAUUUGGAACUUCUUGCAUAUGAGGCCUACAGUCAAAGUAUCUGAGAACCGGAAGAUCUGGUGGAAGUACGCUUACGCCGCGGCCCUUCAGCAAAGGGUUUCUCCUUAUAGCUGGAGCAAAAUCCGGACGGUGCGUUUAAAUUACCGCAAUUACGUGGAACUCUACAAGAAGAUCCUCCUGAACCCGAACGACACAGAGCUGAAGCUGGAUUUGCAGAUGCACGAGGACAGGUUGAGCGUCAUUAACAUAGUGAUCGCCAGGCAGCAGGCCAGAUUAUCAGCACAAGCUUCUAGUUUAUCCGAGAAGAGCUUCUGGGACAUCCUACCUUCCCCGGAACGGCAGCACCUGUGCGAGAAGAUAUCCUUCCCCGACGAACCUCAAAGCCAAAUUGAUUUCACUUACAAUUUCCGCAUCGGCUGCGCGGGAUUAACGCUGCUCGACAACAAUCGCGAGAUACUCAUCGUAACGAUGACUCAGCUAAUCUCCUCUUACCAGCCGAAUUUCCUUGAUAACACAUACAAAGCCAGCCUGAAGAUCGAGGGUUUAAUAAUUGAAGGAGCGAGCGUCGAGGAGCACUUGAUCUCAAUUGUAUCGACGAUCCACAACGGACACAGCCCGGCUUACUUCCUCAAAUUGGAUGUGGAGAAGACGCCAAAGAAGUGCGAGCACAGCUACAAGAUUAAUUGCAUUUUAGAGCACAUUGAAGUAGCGUACGAUGAAUAUUCGUACGAGAAAAUCAUCAAUUUCUUCGGGAACCGUCACUUUUCCCUCGACAACAUGAUGGUUGCGAUGCAGGCUUAUCCCAAGCAGACGAUGACUUGGAUGCGGGAUAAGCUGCUCGCCAAAUGGGACUUUAGAUUGGACCUGAAGCUGCCGUACAUCAUUAUACCAGAAAACGGAUCGCUUCAAAAUGGGGAGCACGUUCUGAUCAUCGAUCUGGGCUGCGUCAAAGUCUCCACGGAGAUUUGCCAGGAGACGAAGAUCUCGCAGAACGCGACGCAAAUGGAAUUGGAAGAGCAGAUGUAUUCCAGAUUCCAUUUGAACUGCUCCGACAUACAGAUUCUGUUCUGCGAAAGCAAGGACACUUGGAAGGAUUCUAGGAGGGAGAGGGACACCGAUCUACACAUUGUACCGAAAACAAAUUUUUCGGCUUCCUAUUCAACAUGCGUCAAGAAAUUGAAAACACUCCCCAAGUGCAAAUUAACGGCGACCAUACAAACCAUCAAAGUUAAUUUAUCAGAGAGGAAGAUAAUUCAAUUUUUAACGUUCAUAAACAGUUUCACGAGGAGCAUUGAGGUGAAGCCGCUGGAAAGGCCAAAGCCGUGGAAGAAGGACGCGAUAAUCGGGAAAUUGAGUUGGUCGUAUCUGAUGCACGUUCAGAGCAGCAUAAUGAUAUUGGACUCGUACAUCAAUAAGAGGCACAAGGAUCGCAAUGGCAUGUUGAAGAAGGACAUCAAAAAAAGGUCCUCGGAUAGAUACAACAAGGAGAACAUGAACGAGGUCUGGGCUAGAUGCGUGGAUCUUCCUGGAUUGGAAGACAACAUUUCACCGAGCAACACAAUCUUGAUUAUAUUUAGAUUCGUUGUCAAUGAGUUCCAAUUAGUGUAUUCACGGUCCUGUGAGAACAACGAUCGGCAAUACAUGAUGCUGAGACUUGGUUUAUUCGCAAUGGAUAUAGCUUGGAUGACCUAUGGUCCAGCCUGUCAGGUUUCCUUGAGCAGCCUAAUACUAACUGAUAAGUUACACACUACCCCGAGUGGACAGUAUUUGGAUUUAAUACAUAGCCCAUUCCCUACUACAGUGGACGUAGUUACUAUACUUUACAGAAAGGUUGAUGCUAAUUGUCCGGACUUCUGGACGCACUUCCACGGUGUCGAAACCUCUUUAGUCGCUGAUUUUGGCACCCUCCACGUCAUGUUCCAUCAAGAGGCUUUCCACACCAUCAUCAAAUACACCAAAUACCUCAACCAAAAGAUAAGAUCGCAUAUAUCUAAGUCAAUCCUGACUAAAAUUCAAAACGUGGCGAACAUAGCGAAAACCCUAUUUCCGACGAAAACGAAAUUUGAUACUCCAGUUCCUCCGGGUUCGAUAAAGUUCUCGCAUUCCGCUCGACUCAGCGACUUGAACAUCCGCAUCUGUGACUCCGACUUUGACAUAGUCAACAUCUACGUUUCCGGUUUCGAAAUCGACUUCCUGUUCAGGGCCAACGAGCGCUUCGUGUUCCGCUCAUUCUUGAGCAAAAUCAUCGUCGAACAUUUAAGCGAUGUAACUUUAUACUCAAAGGUAUUAUACACGGACGAAGAUAGGGUUUUCGAAGUGAAAUACGUUCGUUACGCUUCAACUAUGUGCAGACAUAGCGACAUUUCACCAACCAGCGAAGAACUCAACAGCAAUGGAAGCCUCAAAUUCCAUUUAGGACAAUUGCAUGUAACCUUCCUAUAUAAACUAAUCGUACAAUUACACAGAUUCAUCGUUAACUUGGAGGGUCUUCAAUAUCUUCAGAACGCUUACGAUUUCUUCAACAAAAUGACUGUGAAAGCUACGGAAACUUUGAAAACAAGCACGAAAAUCAAUUUAUCCAUCAAUAUUAAAGGCCCUAUCUUGCUUUUACCGCAAAAAUCGUCUUCACCAAACGUUGUUAUUAUUGACACAGGUGAUUUAAGUAUGGAAAACUUCUUUAAAGAAUACGAUAAUGAGAUCAUAGAAAAUAUAUUGGUUAAAAUUGAACAUAUUACCGUUUCAAGAGGUUUGAUGCUUUUAAACUCAAGCAUGGAGAUGCAAGAAACUAUAAUUGAACCGUUUAAAAUGAAUAUGGAUGUAAAACGUUUCAUCCCGUUGACAAAAUCAGCGUACAAAACUCUAACAUGGGAAAUCGAUGGUAUAAUGCAAGCGUUUCUAAUAACUUUGGGUCAAAAAGAUCUGUCGAUAAUUCUAUCGAUUUAUACGGAUAAUAUAGGUGAAGGUAACAUGAUCGAACUGUUUCCGGACUCCGUGAAUUCCCCAACAAAAGCACCUGAAUCCGACGAAGUCGUCAGGAAUCUUGAGGCUUUCUUCUGCGAACCGAAGCAAAGAAAUAUAUCUGUUAAAUUCAGAUUUGAUGGUAUUAAUUUAGGUUUGUUUUUCGACUCCGGUGAAUUGUUGAGUUCCCCCAUAAGAGAUUUGAACCAUGGUUUAUGCAGGUUCGAUGUCAUCGAUAUCGGAACUUCUUUCAUAAUCUACACGGAUUACAGUUUAGAUGGAAAGUUAUAUGUAGAUUCGAUUGAGAUCGAAGAAAUUGGUCCAGAUGCAAAUUCCCACAAUAGAGGUAUUCUGCAAGCUGCAAUGGAUGUUCACAAGAACAAUAACUGCCACAUAACUGUGAAUACACCACCGAUAAUAGACAUCACUUUCCAUCAAAAUAAGACUGGAGAUAAGUCCAUUGAUAUCAUCAUAGGUCGUUUGGCUUUAUGCCUUUCCGUUCCUUUCUGCGAGAAAUUAGCUCUGUUCGUGAUCGAAUGCUCAUCGAAAGAUAACGUUGAAGACGGAAUAGUCAAUCACGGUUACAUCUGCGAUUUGCAGAGUGAACCCAUAAUACCAUUCAUACCACACAGCAUCACCAUCGCUUUAAGAAUAAACAGACCCGAGUUCAUUUUCUUGGUCGAAACUGCAUCAAACAAAAAACGUUACUUCACCACGAAAAUGGAAAUCUUGAUCGAUUACUCACAACACUCGAACCAACAAAACUUCGUCGUCUCUUUAUCCGGUCUUCACACCCAAUUCUACGAUAUGUGUCUGAGCUCUUCGGAAUCCUACACGAUCCUUAAACAAUGCGACGUAGAGCUAUCCAAAUGCUUCUCCGAUAAAAAUGAUAAAAUCACAGCUAAUAUCUCAUCAAUUUACGUGCAAUUCUGCAGUCGAGUCGUUUAUUCCAUCAACGAUAUUCUCAAUGACAUAGUUGAGCAUUUUAAAGUCCCCGAAACUGUGGUAUCUCCAAAAGAAAUGCGAAAGAUGGAGAUCAUCAAACAAGCAAACAUGGAUAAUCUGUGGGAUCCGAAGAAGUUGACAGAAUUCAACGGAAGAAACGAGGAGUUUGCAAAUUCCGGGAAAGGUUUGAUACACGAAGUUUUCAUAAUGCCUAAAACCGAUGUGUUCAUUAUAUUUGAGCUCGAAGAAAUACCUGUUAUAGUCUUCAAAACGACAAUAGAAUUGACAGUGUAUGAUUGGACGUCUCUGUUAAAUAGCACUUGUGAAAUAACGUUUCAAGCCAACUAUUUUAACGACAGCGUUCAGAGCUGGGAACCAAUUUUGGAUCCCGUCGUUUUGGAUGAUAACGUUUACAAACCUUGGGAACUGUUCAUAAAGGUGUUCCAAGAUAAAGCGCAGCCGAUGUUCAAUUGCGAGAAACAAGUUAAGAAGGAGAAAGAUAAGAAAGGAGCGUCACAAUCCACAACUGAGGAUGAAGAUGAAAGCGGAGAUGAUAUGAUUUAUUUGGAACCAACGAAUGCUUUCCAUAACAGGAAUAAUAGACGCGUGAAGACUAGUCUUUCCACUUUCUUAGAUGAUUCUGAUUCAGAAAACGAGGAUGGAAGCAUGGAGAAGUUGGCUGCAGCUAUUUCAGAUCUGUUCACAGGAGAUUGGAAUGAGAGUGAAGGCAGCGAAUGCGAACAAUCCAGCGACAGCGAUGAAGGUUCUGAUGAUAAUCAAAAAUCUAAAUCGAAUGAAGCCAUUCCAGAAGAAGUUGCGUACAAGAAAGCAACGUACGUGCUCCUGGAUUCUAAAGACACGCUGAAUUUCACAAUAACUCCGACUUUCUUGAAAGUCUUCAACGAUGUGUACAACAUGUACUCGAAUAAAACCCUUUCAAUUGCUAACAGCUCGAAGGCCAUAAAUUUGAUUAAUGAUAUUGGUCCUCAGAGCAAGGUCGAACUGUUCGAGAACAAAGGGAACGAGAAUGAUGCGGAUUCAGUUUUGGUGGUUUCUAAAACUUACGAAAAGGAAGAUUCUUGCCCGAACAGCCCUUCGAGGGGAUGCUACCUCAUUGGAGAUUUCAAUGAUGAUCUGGACGAUAGAGACAGUUGCUCCGAAGAUAAUACGAAAAUCGAUUUUGAGGGUGGAUACGAUUUGGAAACCAUAAACAGUUUAGAUUUCCCUCGAUUCACGACUCCCUUAUUGUAUGAGAGGAUCAACACUCACCAAUUGAAAAUACACGUUCCUGGAUUCCAACCGUUCCAAACGAGUUGUCCGAAGAAGGCCAACGAGAAAUUACUUAGAUUGCAUUCCACCACGGCCAAUCAGAUUUAUUACUUGAUUGCCAAGAGUUCAAUUAACAAACACGGAAGAGAUGUUGUUGUCAGCUCACCCUUACAAAUACGUAACGAGACUUGUUUCGCUUUGAGCAUUCUAUAUCAACCCUCAGUUUUGCAACAACUCAACUUGGAACCUGUUGGAGAUAUGACCAAUCCGUUUGAAACUACGAUGAGGAUUGCAGUUCUGGAACCUCAUGAACAAUACAACGUUCCUCUAUACAUUGCAUACCACUGCAAACUCUUCAUUCAGCCGGCAUAUGCAGAGGGUCAUUAUGCUUCAAAUACUGGAAUCUGGUGGAAAGAUUUGGUGACGGAUUUGGACACGGCUCAUAACUUCCACUGUAAUCCGAAGAGCAGCUCCAAUUUAGAGGUAUUUUCUUUGCGAGUAAUGUUGAAGAAAAAUAUCGAGGCGAAAAAUUCGCACAGCCACUCCAUUCCAAACUACGUGAUUCAUCUGCUUCCUCCAUUGAUACUACACAACUACCUGCCAUACGCUUUAACAGUAGAAAAUGUAAUCCUCAAGCAACAGAUGAAGGUUGAACCAGGAGAGAAAACCAGUAUUUACUCGUUGAACCUUUCAAGCGAUCAAAAGCUAGUAAUCAAAGUUGGCUAUUACAAUUUGGUGUGGACCGGUUUGUUAACUCUGACACCUCAUCUGGAUGAGAAAGUCAUAGUUUUAACUUCUGAUACGAAGCUGGAAGGUUCUUGGACCAGGCAACUUGCUGUCAACGUUAAAGCGGAGCGAGAUGAUAGCUGCAACGUGUACAUUUACACUCCGUAUUGGAUCGUCAAUAAAACAACACUGCCUUUGCACAUUAAGGCAAGCUCAACGAACACAACUUACGGAUCGAAUACGGAAGACAUUAUCCUAUUUACUUAUAAGAGACACGGAAAGCAAUCGCUGCAAUUGAAAGUCUACGAUUCCGAUUGGUCAAAUGAAUUUGGUUUGGAUUGUGCCGGAGCUACUGGAUUGGUCGUCUGCAAGGAUAAUGAAAGGAAGAAGAGGUACUCCUUCUUACUAUCCAUUGGUUUAUCGGAGAUGUGUCCAAGAUUUACCAAAAUUGUAACGCUUUUACCAAGCUUCUUGGUUUCCAACCACACCAACAAAGAAUUAAGGUUUAUGGAGCACAAUGAGAAAACUGAUCUAUGGGUUGACUUGGGUCAAGGACGAUGCGUUCCCUUUUGGCCGGAAACGAGCUCAAUGCAAAUGUUUGUCAAAUUGCGAGACAAUAAAGUCACUUCACCCGCAUUUUUCAUCAAUAAUCAUCAUAAUACUGUUUUAAGGAUUGAUAAAGGGAGCGCAAUAACGGUUAAUGUAUUUGGUGGUAAGAUUGAACCGUUCAAGAUAAACUUCGAGGAUUAUAGAGAUGGCGAUGCACCAGUUGUGGCCAAGAAUUUCUGCGCCGACCUCUUCGUAAGGAUUCAGCAGAAAGGACAAAGUCCUGUCACUUUAUUGAGCCCGUAUCAAAGCGUAACUUAUACGUGGGAUGAACCUACUAAACCUAGAGAUUUGAUGUGGAAUGUUUAUAAUAAUAAGAGUCCAGGAUUUUAUGUAGACAUACUGAAGGAUUGUUAUGGGGAGGAGAGGAUUAGUUUCCAUAGUGUAGCCCCUGGUAACAACACUAGCGUAGCGACGAUUUCUAGUAGCGAAGACUCCGAUAGUUCUGAUAGUGUGAAGACAACGCUGAACAAGAAAGUGCGUAGAGAUAAGAUUGUUAUUUAUUGGGUCUCCUACCGGGACGAUGAGCAAAGAACGUUGCUUUUAACCCAAGAUCACAGGGUGUACAACAACAUCGUCCAAACCAUCUUCAACGAAACCGGUGAUAUUGAAUGCCUGGUUUCGUUAGCCGGUAUGGGAUUAUCAUGCUUCACUUCUUCUUCAAUGAAGAAAGAACAUUUGUACUUGUCGCUUUCCGACGCUCCGGCCAAUUGGGAAGUGAACGUAGGUCACAAGUGGAAGAUGCUGACAUUAGAGCUGGCUUCGUGGAUCGAGGAUAAGUAUAGACUCCACUACAAGAAAUGUCAAUUAAAGGACUACGUGCAUAUAGACUUCGAGAAGAUGUUCAUGCUGAAACCGUUCUUUGCAGAGCUGCGCAGAACGUACAGCCCCGCCAUUUACGUGCAACUUAGAAAGUCGGUGAACCACAGGCAUAUCAACUUUAAGAUCAACUCGAUUCAGAUCGACAACAAACUGGUGAAUUCCAACGAGUCCGUGGUAUUAUGUCCUUUGCCUGUUGAGCAUCUCAGGACCGCACCUUCAUUCAUCCAAUUCGCAUGUACUAAAACGAUUGCAGCUAACUGUGAUAUAUACAGGAAUUUAAACAUAGAUGUUAGAGAUUUCUACCUGAAUAUACAGAGCGACUUGGUGGCUAAUAUUGCACAGCAAUUCCUCGACAGCAGAAAGAGCUCCGUCGAGACAACAGUUCUUUACAGAAAAGACAUGAACAAGGUGCACGGUCCACUCGCUCCGAUCGCUACCAGAAUCAUGCAGGAGAGAAGAACCAUAAUUGAAAAAAUAACACUGACCCAAACGUACAUCCAACUCAACAUACUAAACAAACCACCAACUAAUUUCAACAACAUCUCCUAUCCUAUAACCAACAUCUUGAGUUACUUCUUCCCCCACAACAUCUCACCUUACAUGCCAAUCGAAGGAGUUAAACACAAGAUAGCCGCGAUGGAAAUACCAGAGAACCGAAUGGAUUUUGUCAAGGGACUUCUAGAGAUUUGGGAACACUGCAAAUCGCAUUUCCUUCAACAGUAUUACGCCCAAGUGUUAGGUCUUCAGGUCUUGGUUAAUCCGCACGCGAUGCAACAGCCAAUCGUCGCAAUGAACGAAGUGGUACCAAACGACGCUGAAAAGAUGUCGAGCGUGAUCCUAUUCGGAUGUCGUUGUUUAUUAGGACAUUUAAACAUGUCUUCUGUUGCGUUAGAGCAAAGCAUCAUGGAAAUUUUCAAUAACCAAAAUAUUGAAAACAUCCAGAGAAUCAGAAGGCAUGGUUUGUACCAUAACGCAUGCAUGUUACCGAAGAGCAUAACAUCUUCGUCCAGGAACUUCAACCCUGGAGUGAUGUUAGCUUUGGACCAAAUAAUUGCCAAAAGCCAAACCGCUGGGAUUCAAACAGACGGUGAACUAUUCUUCCGUGGAACCGGAAAAGCCCUGAUCUCUUUGGUGACCCGUCAUCCUGAUGAAAAGUCGAACAGUGUUCAUGUGGCAAUGGAAGCUUUGAAGCGCGCCUCUCUCUUGGGCGAACCAAUAAAGAUUCAUCAGAGACUCACCAGAUACACCAAUUUCCAUUUGGGUUUAAGACCGUUUUCCAUUUACGAAUCGAUGGGCUGCUAUUUGUUAGAGAUUGUAGCCAAUGGUAGGUUUUACAACGAUACCUAUUGGACUCACGCGGCCAUCGAUAAAGCAGGGAAAUCCAUAAUAAUUGUUAGUUUAGAGCAUGUGUUAAGAGCAAAUAAAUGUCGUUUGUGGGGUCCUUGGGAGUUGGAAUGGUCUUUAGAUUUGGACGAGAUCAUUUCAGUAGCUAAAGUUACGACCGCACAGUUAGUGUUAAAUAUAAGACAGGGAGAGAACGAUCUUCUGAAUCCUGACGGUAAAUUGAUUGUCAACGGUGACAAGGAGGUAAUGGAUUGGCUACAGGAGAAGAUCGAGCAGGCUAUUGUUGUUAGUAUGGAGGAUAAAUCGUGGACGCUUACUACUGAAUAAAUUAUUACAGAAAUUGGAUAAAUCUAUCUAUAUAUAUAUAUUUU